AGACAGGCCUUUAUAUCCUUGUGUGUGAAAGCUCUUGCUUCAGUAGGGGUUGUGUAGAAUCUCUUUCAGUUGUAAGUGUCUGUUGGUGUUUUACAUCUAAACCUUAGAGGUAAGGUAAUGGAGUCCCAGGUGCGUCAGAACUUCCAUGCUGAUUGUGAGGCUGCUGUGAACCGCAUGGUGAAUAUGGAGCUGUAUGCUAGUUAUGUCUACCUGUCUAUGUCCUACUACUUUGAUCGUGAUGAUGUAGCCCUCAGACACAUAGCAAACUUCCUCAAGGAGCAGUCCCAUGAGGAGAGGGAGCAUGCAGAGAAGUUCCUGACCUACCAGAACAAGCGAGGGGGGCGUGUUGUCCUGCAGGACAUCCAGAAACCAGAGCAGGAUGAGUGGGGCAACAGCCUGGAGGCCCUGCAAUGUGCCCUGCAGCUGGAGAAGACUAUAAACCAGGCUCUGCUGGACCUGCACAAGCUGGCUACUGAGAAGAAUGACCCCCAUCUCUGUGACUUCCUGGAGUCUAACUACCUGGAGGAGCAGGUGAAGGCCAUCAAGCAGCUGGGAGACCAUGUCACCAACCUGAAGCGUCUGGGAGUACCCCAGAGUGGCAUAGGAGAGUACCUGUUUGACAAGCACACCCUGGGGGAGAGCAGCUGAAUGCAGUACAGGUUCUUGUGUUUAGAAGGAAUAUGUCUUGCCUGAGCUCAAAAUAAAGAGGAAUUAAAGCUGU